UAGACAGAAACCGGAAAUAAGACUAGUCGUGAUUACGUUGAGACACGGUUUUAGACUAUUAUUAUACAAGCCAAUUGAUCACCACUACAGAAUGAAAAAUAAACAUUUGAAGAAAGCUCAUUUCUGAGAAACUAGAAUAGAAAAGCGAAAUAAAGGCAGUAAACCGUUUUUCUUGGAAAAUAAUUGAUCAAUUAUUUUAGUUUGAAAGAUGUGCCCGGAUGUUUCAUGUCAUUAACAAUGGAGUUAGCCUAGUUUCGCAAAGCUAGCCGGAGGCGGCUAACCCACAAAAUUAGGUCGACAUUAGAUAGUGUCUGACAGUAUAAUCUCAGAUAUGUGAUUCGUUUAGUCGUUGGGUGUACGGGCUUUUGUCUCAAACUCCUCGAUCACCCUUUUACGGAGGGACGGGCGUGUUUGUUAAAAGGGACACACGCCGGCUGUACCAACAAACUGUAGCGGGCUAAGAGCAAGUUAGCUUUUGGCGACGGAAAUACAGUAAGUAAGAACCACAGGCUAGGUGGCAAGCAACCAUUUCUGUAGAAACGCCUUAGACCGCCGGCUGUGGAGCUACUUGUCACCCAGUUGCCAUAAUAGGAGGGAACGUGUGAUUGGUGGCUUAUGAGGAAGCCACGCCGAAAAGGCCUGGCGGGCCCACAAAGUGGCACAGAUGACAGGAAGUCCAAGGGGACACCAGGUGGUGGUUGCGGCGUCGGUCCACGUCAGCGAUCCUCAUCCCCUUACAGUCUCAAAGCAUCUCCAAGCAGAGAAACUCUGAGCUAUGCCCAAGCUCAGAAUGUCGUGGAGGUGGAACUGGAGGGCCGGCUUCAUCGCAUCUCCAUUUUAGAGCCCUUGGUAGUCAUCACUGAGGAUGAAAUGAUGGCGCAAGAUAUCAGCGAAUGUAACAGCAACAAAGAGAACAGCGAGCAGCCAUCACCGCUUGUCAGUGCUAUGCAAACUUCCGUCAAAGCAGUCACGCCCCGCGGCCGCCGGAAACCCGCUAAAUAUCUGUCUAAGUCUCCGCCACAUUCCAAGAACCACUGCGCCAGCACUCAACCGCAAAUGCCUGAAAAGUUAAAUGUCGCUCACAAUCAUCUAAUAUCCCUCCCCAAGCCUUCAUUUCGCAUAGUAGACACUUUUACACAAGUCGAAACGCCACCUCUGCCCGUGGCAUACUACCGCUAUAUCGAACGUUCCUCCGAGGACCAGGAAGCUUUGGCUGAGUAUGACAUGGACGAGGAGGAUUCCGCGUGGUUGGAAAUGGUCAACGCUAGCCGAUCAGCGGAGGGCUACACCACGUUAUCAGCGGACGUCUUUGAGUUGCUAGUGGACCGCCUCGAGGACGAGGCUUACCGGGAGGCUCGCACCCGGGUUCCCUCUCAGAACGCCAUUGACGAUGACGCCUUCUGCUGCGUGUGCCUGGACGACGAGUGCCUCAACAGCAACGUCAUCCUCUUCUGUGACGCGUGCAACUUAGCUGUGCACCAGGAAUGUUACGGCGUUCCCUAUAUCCCUGAGGGCCAGUGGCUGUGCCGCUGCUGUCUUCAGUCCCCUCAGAAACCAGUUGACUGUGUGCUGUGUCCAAACAGAGGCGGCGCCUUUAAGCAAACCAGUGACGGCCGCUGGGCGCAUGUAGUCUGCGCUAUCUGGAUCCCUGAAGUCUGCUUUGCCAAUACAGUUUUUUUGGAACCAGUGGAAGGUGUCAACAACAUUCCCCCAGCGCGCUGGAAACUUACAUGUUACCUGUGCAAACAAAAAGGUCGCGGGGCAUCCAUACAGUGCCACAAGGCCAACUGUUACACCGCGUUUCACGUCACUUGCGCACAGCGUGCCGGCCUGUUUAUGAAAAUCGACCCAGUACGAGAGACAAACAUCAACGGGACCACAUUCUCUGUCAAAAAGACAGCCUUCUGUGAGACUCACUCACCCGCAGGCCAAGAUGGCAUCUCGGACGAAGAGAGUGAAGGACGGGUGGUAGGCAGCAGAGGAAGAGCCAGUCGGGGGCGGAGUGCCUACACAGAUGGUCCCGUUACACCAAAAAAAGGCAGAAAGUCUGAAAGUGAUGGGAAGAUGGGUAAAAAGAAAGAGAAGAUAGACACGUGUUCCACAACACUGAACAAUGCUUCGCCACAACUGAUAGUGCCUGAAAUACCCACAACCAGGUUGAAUGCCAUUUGCAAAGGUAUUCUCUUCCAAAAGAAAAACCAGUUCAUGCAGAGGCUGCAUAGCUACUGGUUACUGAAGCGUCAGUCCAGGAACGGAGUGCCACUGGUCCGCCGUUUGCAUUCUGUCCAAUCCCAACGGAAUACUGAACAGCCUGAGGUGGUUGAUGAGCACGUAUCUGCAGCAAGAGAUGCUCUAAGAUAUUGGCAGAAGCUUCGACAUGACCUUGAAAAGGCCAGGCUUCUGGUGGAGCUCAUCCGUAAAAGGGAGAAACUCAAGCGAGAACAGCUCAAAAUCCAUCAAGCAGCCCUGGAGCUACAGUUGACCCCAAUGUUGUUGUUGCUCCGCUCAACUAUGGACCAACUACAGGAUAAGGACACAGCUGAGAUCUUUGCAGAGCCAGUCAACAUCAAGGAGGUCCCAGACUACAUGGAGUUCAUAAGCCAUCCAAUGGAUUUUUCCACAAUGCGGACCAAGCUCGAAAAUCAUAUCUACCGUUCUGUGGCUGACCUAGAGGUUGACUUCAACCUCAUGGUGUCCAACUGCCUCCUGUACAACAACAAGGACACCAUCUUCUACCGUGCUGCACUUCGUCUUCGGGACCUAGGUGGAGCCGUGUUGCGCCACGCUCAACGACUAGCCACUAACGUGGGCCUGGAGGUGGAGACUGGCAUGCACCUACCAGAGUCAUCACAGAAGCGAGAAUUUUACAGUUGCACUUGGGAAGACGUGGACAGUGUGUUGAACCCAGAAAACCGGCUCCAUAUGAGUAUGGAGGAGCAACUAAAGGAAUUGCUUGAUAAGCUGGACUUCGUCAGUUCCAUGAGAUGCAGCGGGGCUCGCACGCGACGCAUGCGCCUGCUCCGCCGUGAGAUCAACAACAUUCGGUUCCGGCAGGGGCCACACCGCCACAGCCUUCACAACAGCCGUUUAAAAGAAGACAGUGAUGAAGAUGUGGAGGAAGAAGAGAUGGAUGACAAGGCCGACGACACCAAGACAGAAAACGGCUUUUCGACAUCAGACAAAGACCUGAAGUCCACCUCGCCCCCAACACUGGAACCCACCGGGCCGGCACCUCCUCCACGACUAGGAGACGCACCUUUGGAGCCACCUACACUGAGGCCCAUCACAAAGGAGCCGCCGUUCUCCAGCUGGCCCCGCAAACGGCGAAAGCUCAUCGACGACAGCGAAACAGAGCGUAUCAGUUGCACUAUAGCCCAGGAGAUGUCGCCAGCAGAAAAUUUCCACAGCGAUGGGCAUGUGACGGCCAACGGCCUGCCUGACUUCAACACCCCCACGCGGACACUCACUGGGGGUGUUGGCAGGCGGACUUCUGUGUUGUUCAAAAAGGCCAAAAACAGUGCCAAAAUAUUCAGAGACAAUCCUUUACCCAAUGGGAAGGAGUUGCUGGACGAUGGUGCAAGUGCCUCCUUUUCCGUAUCCAACAGCCCCUCUACUUUGUCCACCCCUACCAAAACCUCUCAGAAAGCCAUUGGACCUCCCUAUCUGAAUGACCCAUGGACCUCCAGUCAAGACAUGAGCUCAGACGGAGAACUGGAAAAAAUGAUGAACGAAAGCCGGAAAAGUGGGCUGACCAAUGGCUUCGAUAAGCACAAAGACGACGGGUCCGACUCAGAAUACAGCUCCUGUCCCAUUCUUCUUAAAGAAAUGUCUUCACCGCCCAAACGGAGCCUUGGCAAACCUGCUCUCUCCAAAGUUCCCUUUUUGGAUAUAGUUAAUGGAGAUGCUGACUACACUGGCAAUGGCAGCCAAACAUCUGAGGAUGAGACCGAGCUGGAGUCACUGGACCUAGUUUGGGCCAAGUGUCGAGGAUAUCCUUCCUAUCCCGCCCUGAUCAUCGACCCUGAGAUGCCACGAGAGGGUCUGCUGCUUAACGGAGUGCCCAUCCCUGUCCCCCCCAAGGAUGUCCUCAGACUGGGGGAGCAGAGGCAGGAGGAGAGCAACCAGAGGCUCUAUCUGGUGCUCUUCUUCGACAACAAGCGGACGUGGCAAUGGCUCACACGUGACAAGGUGACCCCCUUAGGAGUGGACAGCACCGCUGACAAGCUGCGCAUCAUGGAGGGUCGCAAGCCCAGCCUCCGCAAGUCGGUGCAGGUGGCGUACGACCGCGCCAUGAUCCACCAAAGCAGAGUGAGCCACAAUCGAGGCUUCGUCACCUCCAACUUCCUGUAGACUGCUUGCCGGAGUUGAGUUUUAGCGGGCCGCUUGCACUGUAUAGCAUGCUAAUCAGUCGUGACGUGUCAUAGUGUGCCACAAUGAACUUGAAAACAAUAUUUAUACCAAGUGCAGAGGACCUAUGAAUGGAUCACUGCCAUCUUUUAUACAAUAGCUUUUUAAAUAUUUUAUGAAAUACGCUUGUACAGUUCUAAAGUAAACUUUGUGUGCAUUCUGUUUGUAAAAUGAUGUCACUGCGGUUGCUCUAUUCAAUCAAACCGCAAGGGACAACGGGGAGCUUUCUGAAAGCCUCAUUCCUGAGUAUGCGUGCGUGCGUCAAUGAAGACAAUGAAUGAGCCACUGUUCUUAAUUAUGAAUUUUUUUUUUUUUUUUAUGAGAGAAUUAUUUAUUUAUAGAAGAUACAGGUAUAGAAAUAAAAUUAUAUUGGUAAAAGCAAGAGUUGUAUUUAAAUCAAAUUUUGAGGUCUAUAAGAAAACACACAACUUUUAGCAUGUAAAUUUACAUAUUUGAUUUGUUCUUUAAACAAGAUACUCAUACCAACCUGAAUAUUUAUUAUUAGUAUUAUGAAAUGUAAAACCCCACACCUUCAUAAGCUUGUGCAUAUUUUCACUACCCACUGAAUACUUUGUUUGAAUCCAUCGUUUCUCAUUUGAGGAAACAAAUGCUCUAUUAAAACUUUUUGGGAAUAUGGAACUGUGUGGAUUGUAAUCUUUUUGAAUGCGAGGUGAUUUCAGUAAUUGU